GGAAAAACAGGUUCCUCUCCCGGUUUGGAGCUCCGUGGUCGAUCCGUUGUGCCCUCGUAACAGGUUUUCUAGCAGGAAUUUUCGGGUUAAAAGUGUCGCAGGUUCGAACCCCGUCGCCAACGGAGAAACGAAAGAAAAAUAGCAGCGUGGAUUUAGGCGUUUAAAGCGCGUUUAGGAGCAGUCGAGAGCACGUGAAGCCUCAACUCGGUAGGCUUUGCCCCGGGAUCGCCCAAAUUUUCACCCAGGACAGCGUUCAAUAAACGGCCUCAAAACGGAGCACAUAACGAAAAUGAUGGACUUCAGCGGUGGAGCCUACGGCGGAGGCAAAGCAGGCGGUGCCUUCGACCCGAUCGGGUUCGUGAUGCGGCCAACUGUGAUCCUGCGGGCAGUUUGUUGGCUCUUCGCGAUAAUCGUGUUCGCGUGCGUGUCGGCCGAGGGCUGGCGGGAAGAGAACGGCAAGGAGUACUGCAUCAUCAACCGGGACGCGAACGCCUGCAACUACGCCGUCGGAAUCGGCGUGAUCGCGUUCCUGGCCUCGAUGGCCUUCAUCGCCGGCGAGUACCUGUUCGAGCAGAUGUCCUCCGUCAAAACCCGGAAACACUACGUCCUCGGGGAUCUCGGCUUCUCCGCUCUGUGGACGUUCCUGUACUUUAUCGGCUUCUGCUACCUGACCAACGCGUGGGGCAAGGCGGACGAUCCGCCCAACGGCGAGGGCGUCAACAACGUGCAGGCUUCCAUCGUGUUUUCGUUCUUCUCGAUCUUCACCUGGGCCGGGUGCGCUUACUUUGCGUUCCUGCGCUUCAAGGCCGGCGUGGAUCCGUCCUUCCAGUCGACGUACGAGUCGGAUCCGAACGCCGCGAACCAGUACUCGUCGUACCCGGUCGGAAGUGGCCCCGGGACUGGCGGCGUGGAAGGUGGCGACCAGUACCAGCCGAGUCCGUUCGGGGGUGGCCAGCAGCAGCAGCAGCAGCAACAGCCGGGUGUGGGUGAAUACGCUCCUUCUUAUUAAAUGCAUAGGCAGUACCAUAUCCGUUUGUUUGUGAAUAACGGAGUAUACAACAACAAAAACAAAGCAGCAAACACUACAAAAUUCCGGAGCAGUGCACAGGAACGAGCAAAGUUUUACCGUAGUGAAUUCCAAUUGGGCUAUAUUGACAUUCUAUCUACUAUGGAAAGUAAAAUAGUAAAAAUGGAUGCGAAACUCAGAUUAUGGUUCAAAACCGACCCCAACAAAAACUAAACAAACACACACAACAAGUCGAAAACAAAAGAUUUCUAGCGGUUUAAUAGCGAAAACACAACCCCACAUUGAGCAAACAGUCGACAGGGAAACCAGUUCCGCAGCUGGUCGCCCUUUAUCUAGCAAUUUGUCCUUUGAAGCAGUACAGCUACUCAACAAACACAUACUAAACAUUGUUACAUACUACACGCGUACACAACCACAAAAACAAAACAUAAGACAGAACAACAAGUGGAAACACAACAAACACUAAUACAUACAUGCUUACCAGAACAAUGAAAUACAUAGCAAAACAAAGACAAGCAAAACAAAACAAAAACAGAAGGGAAACACGAAAACCAAAAGAAACAACCAAAAUAUCCAAAAACAAAAGAUUUAAUAAAUAUUGUUAGUUUAUGAUGGAUCUAAAACCAGAAUGAAGUUAUCCUAUAAGAAGAAGAAGAAGGAAAAAAAGACAAGAAAAUAUCUUACCGUAUAAGUACUUGGUAUAUUAUUUAUCAUGAUAAUAAAAUACAAGAAUAAUAAUAAAAACAAAAACAAGCGUAGCGUUUAAGGAACCGAUCGUUGAGAGACAAAUAAAGGAAGCAAUGGCGAAAAAAAAGAAAAGCAUCACAUUUCAGGUGACAGCUCAGCGCGCAGUGACGUCAGCAAAAAACAAAAAGGUGAGUGACGUUCAAAGCUCACUGCGAUAUUCAGUGUUUGUGUUCAGUGACCAAUUCGGUGACGAUUUCCCUGAGUUUAUUUUUUCUAAAGUAAAAAAAAAAUGAAAAGUAGCUCACUCACGUUACAAUCGGCACAGCAAAAAUGAUGGGAUGGACAACACUGAAAAAAAUAUCCACUAUCAAAUUGCGGGCUAGAGCAAACUAGUAUUAUUUACGAAUAGAUACGCUUUUGACGGUUAUGAAAAAACGUGGGAUGAGCAAGUUUAGAAUAAGCUGGGUUAGGCGAGGGGAAGCGUUUAGAAUGUUUCGGAGGGGGAAAAAAAGAAAAAAAAACUAUGAGUAAACCUGAUUCAGAUUCAUUGUUGGUGAUUGUAGUAGUUGAAUAAAUUUGACCCUAAUUAAGACAGAUGUGACAAGCCAGAUAUAGUUUCAAGAGUCUACUUGGUUUUCCCUUGAUUUGUGAAAGCACAUUCAAAUUAUUUUCCACGAGGACUCUUGCAUACAAUGUUGCAUCCAACAAAUGACAAUUGUUCAUGGGAUGUGAAUUUUUCCACUUAUUUAGACAAUAUUUAUUUAUUAAAAUACUUUUCAAUCAAGAAGCAACCCACCACUAGAAAAAAAAACGGAUCAAGCUACAUAAAAUUCAGAAAAUAUAAAAAAUAACACCCACAGAAAUAUUUUCAAAUGUAUUCUAUUCACUCAUAAUGGAAAGCAAAAACACACAAACUCUCAGAAAAAAAUCUUAUGAAUCCUGUUCGCACCAUACAGAAAUGAUUGAAAAUCAACCAAUUUGGAAAUUUUGAAAAACACAAGGGAAUAUCGCUGCAAAUCUCAAAUCAUUAAAUCGUUUCGUAAGGUAAACCCUACACAACCCCACAAGGAGAUGUAAUCGUUAUAAAAACUAACAAAAAUAUCUAAAUAAAAAAAAGUACUUAUAGUAAGCGAAAAAAAA